AUGUUGAGUGAUGUACACGAGGGGUUAGAUCUUCCCUCUGAACUUAUCGAUUUUGGCGUUGUGCGGGGAAAAUACGAAUUUUACCAUUAUAAAAUCGAUGGAGUGGAUGACAGGGUAAGCUUGUAAAUAUGUUAGUGUGCUGGGAAAUUUAUACUGGUCAAGCAUUUUUCAGUUUAAACCGAUACUCGACAAAGAAAGUUCGGCGGUUUGUAGGGUUUCAAAGAGGAAAGGAUAACUUUGACAAACCCUUGGAAUUCUUCAGACAUCCUAGGAUCUAUAUGAUCUUGUCCUUUAUUAACAGUUUCACUAUAUGACUCGAAAAAGGUUCCUAAGUAUAACAUAUAUAGUGUAGGCAUUUCCAGGGGAGGGCAGGGGUACUCCCUUAACCCCUCAGGUCCCAAGAGUGACCAACAUCAAUUUUCUCCUAACGACAUCAGUAGAUCAUGAAGAGUAAAGGUUAUGAGAAUUUCUAAAUUGAUUACCAAAGGGAGAACACUUUGAUCUUAAACCAAUUUCUCUCAACUAUUCUUAAAAGAAAUGUAUGGAGGUCAGUCUUUGGUCAGUCUGGAGAAUUUGCAUGUGGAUCUUGGGGCUUAAAAGGGGAUUAGGAGGAAGGAAAAAUAGGGGAUUUCAUGCUUUUCUCCCUCUCCAUGCAGGCUAUUUUAUUGCUAGAGAAGGGACAGGGGGUCACUAAAAAAGUGUACCUUGUUGUCACUUAAUUUAAUGAGUAUUAAAUUUUGCAAAUUUUAAUACUCGUGUAAUCUAAUACUGGCGAAUAUUAAAAUCGCAAAAUUUAAUACCAGACAUAUACAUCUCCAUGAAAUAACAAAAUUCAAGUUGUUGCUUAAUUAGUUAUUCCAGCAUGUCUUAGAUUCAGGUUUAGGAGUUUUUGUUUAAUUUUUGUCCAUCAGCGUUCCAUCGCAUCACUCUCAUUGUCAGAACUGUAACUAUUUGUGGGUACCUUGUUAGACUGUUGAAAACCUUAUGCUUUGUUAUGUUUAGCUUCUUUUGUUUUAAAUUGUCUUUCUUUGCAGUUGUUUACGAUAAAAUUAUUAAUUCUGUUGUUACUGUUCUGAGGUCAAAGUUUUCUUUACAUAUUGAUGAAUAGAAAAAUCGUGAAAUUAAAAUACACUCCAAGUUUACCUUUUCCUAAAAAUCACAAAAUUAUAUAGUUGUAAAAUAUGGCUUGUGAGUUUUUGCGAAAUUUAAUACUUGCCAAAUUGAAUGAGAAUAAGGGUAGUGUGCCUCAAGUUGUGGCUCAGAACCUUGAUCACAGUGUAAUCUCUAAUACUUUAGGGUUGGGGCUGUGGCUAUAGGACACUUCAGACUAUCUGUUCCUGGGUCCAUCAUUCACUGAAAAACCAAAAAAAGGUUUUAACAGUACCAAACCUACAAGAAAUACAGCAGACAUUGGUGACUGUUGGUGACAAACCAUGUUCUUUUGUUGGCUCCAGGGAAUGGAUCGGCUCUGUAGAAGCCUGUCUAUGUGUGGAUCAAAUUUUUGGGGUGUGUUUGUAGGUUGUAUAAUUCUCAUUUUAUUUUCACACAUUGGUGUUGUGAUCUAUUGCUAGUUACAACUUUUUGUGUAGCACCUAAUGUCCACAUAAAAUGCUGCUUAUUGGGACGGAAGACUUGUGCAAGGUCAGGUUCCCUUAACAGCCUCCCAGGGUUAGUAUGUUCCAUGAAGAUUUUCUCUUUUAUAGCAGCACAAAGUAUAGUGGGUUCUUAUCCAUAACCUUCAAAUUGAUAAGGAAGGAUGAAAGAGACAAGGCCACUAUCUUUGCUGCCAAAUUUAAAUGAUACAAUCAUGAUCUAUGACAAGGUCAUAGCCAGCAUCAACUUAAUAUGUUUUUGAUAUUAUUAGAGACCUUAAGAUACACCAUUUCCUUGUCUGCUUAUGAGUAAAUUACCCAUAGCCAUAGCCUUGAAUACAGGUAGAUUGCCUCUUACCCUGUACCCAUAGGCAGAAAUAGUGUAUCUUAAGGUCCCCCUUGUUGAGAUCGUAAAUGUAACUUGCACGUAAGGAAGUUGUAAGUUUUCUGUGUACAGGAUGCCACAGCUGUUGCAAGUUUUUAUGGAAUUUCUUGGAAUGUUUAUUUAAUCCUAUUCUUGUAAUAAUUAUUUUAUUAAAAGUCCAAGAGUUAAAAAUAUCAAUAAGUGUUGAAUGAAUAAAAAAAAUAAAUAAAUAAAGGUUGUCUACAACUAGCCCAUCCUGCAGGUCCAACUCCUUGAAUGACCUCCAUUUUCAGGGUAAGAUUCUUUAAUUGAUUGUCAUCCCAACACUUAUUGAUCUGAAUGGACAAUUGCUUAUUAUAGGCUUAUCACAUACAGUGUAUGUGAUAAGUGCCGAGUGCCAAGCUUAUUGCCCAGCAUUAAUGCCCAGCUUAUCUUUGUUAAAAAAAUCAAGAUAGAAGAAAAGAAAUUAAGAUGUAGAACUUUGUCCUGCUGUAUAGUAUAGUUUUAUCAUAAAUCCAAUAGCACUAAUAUUUGUGUCUAAUUAUUAUAAUAUUGUAAAUAAAGAGAAUAAUGUGUUGUUUUAGGUUUGUAGCAAAAUAGUGCAUGUCAGUGGAGGGCAUUGUGUUGAGCAGGAUGCUGCAUUGGUUCUCCUGGAACACUUCAAACACUUUGGGUCACCUGUUAUGAUAGGUUGGUGGCUAGAUAUCCUAUUUCUCUUGCUUAAAACACCCCGGUUAAAAAGUAUGGCCAUUCUUCAGUUCUGAAGAAGUGUCUUUGAAUCUUUGAAGUUACCCUAUUGAGAUGGACAGUGUUUAGUUCUCUUACAUAGGUAGCCACAUUCAUUCUUCUCCCCAUCAGCUAUCUUACCUUGCAGCUUGAAGUACUGAGAAGACUAGUGCAGGAUAGCCACCCUGGCCAGUUUUUUAUGUUUUCUGCAAAAUCUAAAAUCAGUGGUCAACAUUACUGUAUUUAAGCUAUCUAAUCUGAUUGGCUGUGGGCAGCCAGCCCUGAUGUCCAAGUAUGGGUGGGUGGGGUGGGGAUAGUGAGGUUCAAACCUCCUGCCUCCCAUACCACUGCCGCCUGGUUAGCUCAGUUGGGAGAGCUCAGUUAGGAGAGCACUGGUCUGCCAAGAGGGAGGUCGCGGGUUCAAUCCCUGGCCAGACCAAUACUCAGGGUCUUUAAAUAACUGAGAAGAAAGUGCUACCUUUGUAAUGACAUCUGCAAAUGGUUAGACUUUCUAGUCCUCUCGGAUAAGGAUGAAAAACCACAGGUCCUGUCUCACAGCACUUUUACUGAUUUGUUCUUGUGGGACAUAAAAGAACCCACAUCACUAUUUGAACAGAGUAGGGGUGUGGCCAACCUUUAUGGGUUGUGGGAUUGGGUAGGGAUGGCACCUUGCAUGGGACCUAAGUCCCGUUCGUGCACAUUACCUCUGGGCAGGCCUGUGUCCAGAAAAGCUGGUAAAUAAAUAAACAAAUAAAUACCUUGCUUUACUAGCUUCUGUCCCUCUUUUAUUGGCUUCCUCCCUGUAGCCCUUUUUUGAUUGCAAGAGAUUAAGCAUAAUAAUUGUUGCAUUGUUCUUAUUUAUAAAUAUUUCUCCUGCUUUCCAACAUUUUAGAAAUCCCAUCUCCCAAUCUUUCUUCUUCUGCCACCUGUAACCCUCCCUCCCCCAUUCUCCCGGCUUUCCACCCCUUGUCCCCAACAUGUAUUGGGUAGAACAGGUACAUGCCAUCCCCCCGGGGGGGGGGGGGGGGGGGGACGGCCAUUAUGGGGGUUUUUUGGUUUGUUUUUAGGGGGGGUUUGGGGGUUUUUCUUUGGUUUAGGGUGAAAAAAAUCAAGUGGAAUGAGAACGGGAAGUGUUUAGGGGGCCAGGGCGCCAGUGGGCGAUCCCCCCACCCCCCCCCCCCCACCCCCCGGAUGUCAUCGAGCUUCCUGUGAUGCUACUAACAGUGACUGUUGUAUACUGUUAUGUACUUUAAUGGGUUCUUCUGUUAUGGAUUUUAGUUGCAGUCUUUUUGUUUACUAUAGGCAAUCUUGGCAGUCUUGUUCAGCUUUUAUAAAAUAAAGCUUUGAAACUAUCAAUAUGUUUUCCUGGUAGUUUGUUGUUGUUAUGUUAUAAAUUAUGUGAUAGAAUUCUGCUCAUCCAAGUACCAGUACAAGUACAAUAAUGUUUAAUAUGAUUUGUUGACCUGUCUGCCAACUUGAGAUACGGUAUUUUCUUUUGUUUGCUUUGUCAGGUGGUGAUAUAGACGCUUCCUCAAAGACACUGCUUGGAGUAUGCAAAACAAAUAAAGGCUUUUACUUCCUAAUUGCAGUAAGUUAAGAUUGGAAAAACCUAGCUCUCUUGAUCUUAAAAUACUUAGGGUCGGUUAUUUAAACAAAGUCCAACUUAAGCUGUGGUUUAGCAAAUCUUUGGACCUCCAGAUCUCUUGGGCAAAUUGAAAAUAGCUUAGAAUGCAGCUUUGUUAAACACUAGCUAAACUUGGUUUAAAUAACUGUCAUGUUUAAAAACAUUCAUACUGUCAUGAAUGGAAACAGAAUCCAUGCAAAUUUAGGUUUACUCAUUCAACUUAGAGUCAGUAAAUUAUAUGGAUAUGUGUGUUUGUGUUGGGGCCAGUCAGUACUUCUUGAUCCGGUCAGAACUUGCUGAAAAUUUGACAUAAGAUGGAAAAAUUUGUGUGUUUUGUAUAGCCCCCUUAGUGUCCCUAUUAAGAGGGGUUGCACUGUACAAUAUUAGCUCUUUGGCUAUACCGUUUUUAUUCGAAUAAGCGCCUAACCUCGAAUUAGUGCCCACCUCAAAUAAGUGUCCAUUCUAAAGGCAGAAAAAGUUAAUAAGCGCCCAGCCUCAAAUAGGCGCCCACCCCCACCCCACCCACUUGUGUGGCAAUGAGAUUGAAAUUGACAUUGAAUAAGUAGUAAUAAGAGACUUCCCUGAGGACGGAGUUUUCUUCAGAGUAUUUUACAGAAACCUAGCUUGCUUUGUUACUUCUUUACGUUUUGUUAUUAGCAUGUAUUGUUUUGUUGCAAAAUAAACAUACAACACUUGUUAAAAAUGGUGAAAAUUUAAUAAGCACCAUACCCAGCCUGGAAUAAGUGUCCACCUCAAAUAAGCACCCACGCUCAAGGUCCAAAAUUUAAUAAGCGCCCAGCAGGGCGGUUAAUGGAAUAAGUACGGUAUAUAUUUGUGAAUUUGUCCCUCACCUGUUGGAAUUUUGGAUAAUAAACUGAUUUAUGGUUGUAUGUUGUUUCAUGUUUAGGACCCUCAUUUCUGUGGCAAGGCUGACAAGGCAAUGCUUCAAGAUCAUGGCUGGGUGCAGUGGAAGUCCCUGAAUGAUGUGUUCAAGGUUGAUUCUUUUUAUAACUUCUGUCUGCCCCAAUUAAGAUCUGAAACAGGUAGCUGACUUGUACUGCAUUAACUGUUACUGUAUGGAAACAGCUGUUAAAUUAAUUGACGCAUUGCACAUUAGCUUGUUUCCUGGUCGUGGUUUCUCUCCACUCUGUGGAGAGAAGCAACAACCAGAUAUACAUCUGCAUUCGCAGGCUAAUUGCCCAUAAUCUAAUAGUAUUUUCUGAGAUUGACAACAUUUUCAGUCAAUUGUGGCUUGAGUUUUAUUUAAGCGUCCAUAAAUGGCAAUCUUUAUUUUGAACAUCUGGUUAGACUGACAGCGUCAAUAGAGGGUUGAAACUUAGAAGGUGAUUUUUUCGACCUUUCUGCAUGGCAAAGUCAGUUUACCACCAUAAUAAUUAAUUUUUAAUAGAAUGUUCACGUGUUGAAAAAUCUAAUCCAAU